GGCUGUUGAGCUGGGGGUUCCAUUUCGGAGGUAGGUGUGCUCUCAUCUGCAUGCCUGGCAGCUGCUGCACUUUGCACUUCCCAGGAACAGGCAUUAGCGUUCUUGGCACUGUUGUCCAGUGCCAAAAGCUUUUCCUUUUUCAUUGUCAGAUUAUGUGGGCCAUUUGUCCAGGACUUUCCCUGCCUGACAGCUGCAGUCAGGCUUCAGCCAUAUCGAGUUCUGGACAAAUGGCCAUGUCCAGCCACCGGCUGUGCUGAGUCAGUGCACGCCAUAGGCUCUGCUGGAUCCCCUGGGAAGGGACCACAGGUUCCAUGCACUUGUGUUUGCAUCCAAAGUUAUCUUAAGUUCCAGAACACGCUACAUGGACUCAUCAUGCAGCUAGUACAAGCUGCUCUAAGCAUACCCAUCAGUACGUGGAAGCUGUUUUGUAUUUGCAAAAAUAUUUCAUAGAAUCACAGAAUGGCUUUGGUUGGAAGGGUUCCCUCUUACCAGAUUAGGCUGCCCAGGCCCCAUCCAACUUGGCCUUGAACUUCUCCAGGGAUGGGGCAUCCACAGCUUCUCCUGAUAGUCUGUGCCAAGGCCUUAUCACGCUCUCAGUAAAGAACUGCCUCCUAACAUUUAACGUAAAUCUCCCCUCUCUUUGUUUAAAGCCAUUCCCCCUUGUGCUAUCAAUAUUGGACCGUGUAAAAAGCUGCUCCCAUUCCUGAUUUUAAGUUCCCCUCAAGUACUGGAAAGCUGCAAGGAAGUCUCCCUGGAGCCUUCUCUUAUCCAAACUAAACAAGCCCAACAAUUUGCGAUUUUGUGUUGUAAGCAGAAAUGAUCUUAAUGAUGCUGGGCAUAGUAAGUCAUUUACUAACCCCAUGUUGUUCUGUGGAGAGAUCUCACUUUAUUAACUGCUGUAGCUGAGAUCCCUAAUACUCAUGUUACUAGGAUUGCCCUUACAAAUUAGGGCAUAUCGCUAAUAUGCUCUGAAUAUUUCAUUUGCAUCUACGUUUUUCAAAGUUAAGUAUACAAGCUGAGUUUUCUGAAUGCAGACUUUUUAAAAAUCAUGUGCAUAAAAUAAAUCUGCAAAUGUAUUGCAACUUAAGCUGUUCUCCUGGUGGUCAGCUGUGCAGUUUGCCUUAAUACGAGCUGAGAAGCCCCUUCUUUCAACAACCAUCUCAUGUCUGUGAACUAUGAUUCUCUACAGGACAAAAAGAAAAAAAAAAACCCAAAAACCUAGAGUGAGUGUAACAUAAUUGUUGAUGUAUUUUUAUCAAUUUAAAGUAGAAAAUACUAAUUUAAUAUCUCUUUGUUUUAUAUUUUGCUAUAGUUUGCGAGGGGCCAUGAUUCUUAUAUUAACUUUGGCAUGUGUGUUAAUUUAGAGUCUGAAUACACAUGUGUUACAAUGUAAUGACUUAUGUGGGGUCUUGUGCUGAAAAAUGUACUGUGUACUGUCAGGCAGUAGAGAAGCAGCUGAAGAUCUGUGGCUUUAAGAGGAACGUGGAUGUCUUGGUGUUAUAUCUGGCUGGACUAGGACUAAGAAGUAUUCCAAGUCUGUCACUGUUUCGUAGGUUGAGGUAUUUGUGGAUUAACAACAAUAAGGCACUAAAGAGUAAGGAGAAAUGGCCUGCUGACUAUAAAUUUGACAAAGAUGGAGAAAUGCCAUUCUACAUGACAGGUGUGUGUAAGUCUCACACCACACUACACAAGAUCCAAGAUUUAAGUUUCUUGAAGAAAAACUACUGUUUGACUGAGCUCUACCUCAACAACAAUGAACUCACAGAUAUAUCAGGUGCUCUGAAAAACUUGCAUUCAUUACAGAUUCUGUUGCUUCACAACAACCAGUUAAAGCAACUUGGUGAAACAGUGAAGGAAUUAAAAGGAAUAAUAAGCUUGCGGACCCUAAACCUGUUUUACAACCCUCUGGCAUAUGAUGCAGGCUACCGGCUCUACGUGAUACACAGCCUCCCUUCAGUACAGCUCCUGGACAGGAAGCUUACGCAAAGAGAAAGGGAGUUGGCGUUUCCUGUCUAUAACUGUGAAAAGUCCUGUGCUGUGGAGUCGAUUGCUUUUGGAAAGACAGUGGACACAUCGCCAGGCACGGCCAUCAGGCACAGCAGGGACACUCAGCCAGCCAGGAGACUGAUGGUGCCCCCAGAUUGGGAAUUUGGAAAUCACACAAAUAAAGUUCCAUUUGAGAACCCAGAAGAUGCUGUUUUACUACGGGCAAUGACAAGAUCUGUAAUGGAAUUUUCCUCCAUUGACUGGAACAAAAUACCCACCUGUCAAGAAAGAUGGCUUAAACACAAAGCAGAGGAACCCCCUGAGAAGCUGACAAUCCAAUUUAGAUGACUUCUUUCUUCCUUAAGAAAAACACUGCUCCUCUGUCUAAAGUGGAUAUAAGCAUCUUACGUAAGUUACUAUCUCUAUAAUGCGGCUACACUAAAACAUGCAUCUAAUUAAAUGAUCUUCCAGCAAAAAAGCAUUAGUGUAACAUUCCUUUUAUCAUCAAAUAUAUAAUAUGUAGGGUCAAGAAAUGAAGAAAUCAAAUGCUAAAUAGUGGUGAUGUUAUAAUAAAAAAAAGUUUGAAAUACAAUUCUUACCAUACUUUUAUCACAAAUUAAAGCCAAAAUAUAAGUUACUUUUUAAGAAAUAAAGGAUACAUUAUUUCAUUCUUUAUA